GACUCCGGCUCCAGGAGCGCGGGCGGGCGCGCUCUGCCCCUCGCAGCCCCACAAGCCGCGCCGCAGCCGCGGGAACAGCGCGCUCGCCGCGGGCGGGAGCCCGCCUCAGGGCGGAGGGGCAGCAAAGAGAAGAUAAGCCAUGGCUGUUCCAGCUGAUGAAACUGUGGGGGACCUGCCUGUGAGAGAUGUAGGUCUAACUGUGGCUGGAAUUGGAAGAUUACAAGAAUCAUCAACUACACAGAAUGUAAAAGCUCGACAAGCUGUAUCACGAAUCAGUCGAGAGGAACUGGAAGACAGAUUUUUUCGUUUACGUGAUGAGAGCAUCUUGCUCAAACAGCAUGCAAAUAAGCAAGAGGAGAAAAUUAAAAGAAUGGCCACCAAGUUAAUGCGGCUUGCUAAUGAUAAAAAAAGUCCUGAACAGGUUGGUGGCGGCCCCAAGCGGCUGGGUCAGGUUGUGGAGCUGGAAGAAAUGAUUGAACAUUUGCAAGAGAGAGUUCGUGAGCUUGAGAAACAAAACGAGAGCCUCCGCAGCAAACUCAUUUCAACUAAACAGCAGCUCCAGAUUCAAGGCCACAGGCCUAAUCCGUACAGCUAUGUUCAAUCUCGUAUUAACACGGGUCUCAAAAAAGCGAAUGAGGCUGCUGGCCUGCCAGAGCUCACAAACAAAGGAAUGAGAUAUCAGGAUUUAGAAGUGAAAUCACCGAACCUUGUGGCCCCAACGUAUGGACAAAGUCUGCUCGAUGAUCCAAAGGCUGAAAUAAGAAAUUUGAAGACUGUGAUUGAGUCCCAAAAGGAACGCAUUGAAGAACUGGAACACGCCAGAGAGGUACUUGUGAGUCAGCUAAGAAGAAAGGACAAGGAAAUUGAAGAAUCCAUCCUACGGCUGAAAGAGCAAGAAGCAACAAGCCAAAGGUUAAACAUUCGGGACAAUGUGGAAAUGAUCAAAGUCCGUAAACAGCUGGUUGAGAAAACCAACGCUCUUUCAGCAAUGGAAGGAAAAUUUCUCCAGCUUCAAGAGAACCAAAAGAACUUGAAGACCAGCCAUGAUGCUUUAAUAGCAAAAGCUGAUGAACUGAAUCUACAGCUUAAAGAGGAGAGGUUAAAGUGCCUCUGUCUUAACAAAGAGUUGCAAUCAAUAACUAUUUCAAACAGAAGAACGGAGGAGUUACAGGCAAGAAUAAAUGAUCUAGAAAAAGAGAAAGAGCUUAUGAGGGAAAACUAUGAUAAACUGUAUAACAGUGUCUUCAGUAUGACCCAUGAACAGGAAUGGAAAUUAAAGGAACAGCAACUGAAACUGCAGAUUGCUAAACUGGAGGCUGUUAUUAAAUCUGAUUUAGCAGAGAAAAAUGAAAUCCUUGACAAGAUCAAAGUAGAAAGAGACCAAAAGGAAAAGCUGAUGCAAGAGAACAAGGACCUGCAGUUAUGCUACCUGGAACAUAAGAAACAACUAGAUGAACUGAAAAAUCACGUUAAUUGUUUGACCAAGGAAGGUGAUAUUGAUGCGGCAGAACUCAGUGAAGCCCUCCUGCUUAUAAAGGUUCAAAAACAGCAGACGAAUGGGGACCUUAUGUUUUUGGAGAAAGUAGAAGAUGAUAUCAAUAAAGAUUUAGAACGCUCUAUGCAGGAGCUGCAAAUAACACAUGCAGAAACAGUGCAAGAACUUGAAAAGACAAGGAGUAUGUUAAUUCUGCAGCACAAAAUUAACAAAGAUUACCAGACUGAAUUAGAAGUAGUAACAGAAAAGAUGGAAAGUCUACAGAAAGACUAUGAGUUAAAACUGCAACAGUAUGUCCAUCUUCUUGAUAUUAGAGCUGCACGCAUCAGAAAACUAGAAGCCCAACUAAGAGAGAUUGUCUACAGUACAAAACCACAUAAAUCCAGACCAGAAAAACUGCCAGAUGGUCCAAUGGAUGAAUUUGAUGAAACUGUACACUUAGAAAGAGGAGAGAACCUUUUUGAAAUUCAUAUCAGCAAAGUGACCUUCUCUUCUGGAGCUAUACAAGCUUUUGGUGACCAUAACCUUGCAACUUUUUGUACUUAUGCAUUCUAUGACUUCGAACUUCAGAUAACCCCAGUAGUUUACGGGUGUACCCCAUCAUAUGACUUCACUUCUCAGUAUCUUGUGCAGGCUGAUGACUGCUUCUUCCACUAUAUACAGCAAAACAAUAUCACACUUGAGGUUCAUCGUGCAUAUGGCAUAGAUUAUGAAACAGUUGCUACAUGUCAACUGAAGUUGCAUGAAAUCUUGGAAAAGAAUGGGAAGAUCUACAGCACAGCAAAUUUAAUUGGAAUCAAAAGAAACACACAAAAUUAUGGUACCUUAGAAUACUGGAUCAGGUUACGAGUUCCUAUGGAUCAAGCUGUUAGUCUCUACAAGGAAAAGUCAAAGGCUCUGGGGUAUAUGACACCCAGUUUUAGAGAACAUGAACAACCAUUCCAGGAACAGAUACUCAGAACUGCCCAAGUCAGCACUUCAACAGAUGGCAAUUUAAAUGAACUCCACAUUACAAUAAAAUGUUGUAACAAUCUACCAUCCCGAAAAAAACAUCUUCAGCCAAGUCCUUAUGUUAUCUACAAGUUCUUUGAUUUUGCAGACCAUGAUACUCCCAUCAUUCCUAGCAAGAACAACCCACAAAUAGAUGACCAUAUGUGUUUCAAAGUGCCAAUGAAUGCAGAUUUAGACCGAUACCUAAAAUCAGAAUACUUAACCUUUUAUGUAUUUGAUGAUGGUGAAACGGAAGAAGGUGCUUAUGUAGGGAAAGCCAGUGUGCCUCUUAUUUCUUUAGCACAUGACAAAUCUAUCUCAGGUACUUUUGAACUAACAGAUUCUGAAAGACGUGCUGCUGGCACCAUCACAGUUGAAUUAAAAUGGAAAUUUGUCUACCUACCACCAAGUGGAUUGACACAGGCUGCAGACUUAACAAAUUACAUUCAAGAUGAGGAAUCAAUAGCAACUAAAUUGGUAGUAGAGGAAAAAAUGAAAACUCCAUCUCUUUCUCCUUCUCUUACUUCAUCAGUGAUAAAACCAAUACCCAAACCAAGGCAACAUGCAGCCAAGGCAGAUAAGAAGGUGACUUUUCUGGAUCCUUGUACAAUACAGACAGCCGGCUCUGAUGUUGAAAAUAACAUGGGACUUGCACAGAAGGUGAAGGCUUCAAGAUUUGCAGAGCAUGUGGUACGUGAAUUUAAACAAGAAAGGCUAGCAGAUGAUAAGGUGAAGGAGGUGGCAGAAGAAAUUCAACAGGAAAAAGACCUCUCACAUCCAUCGGAAGGACAGUUGACUGACCAAAGCUCAGUUACUUCUGGAGAUGAGACAAAAAUAACUGAAGAAUUGGAAUCAGAAGAUCAAGGUGAUAGACAAGAGGAUGAUGCCAUUGAAUCAGUAACAACUGACAGCGAUGACUGUAUUGUUUCAAGUCCAAUAUCCAAGGAUGUUAAACAGGCAGAUGAAAAAAUCUAUAUUGAAAUUAUGUCACUCAGUCUUACUGACUCACAAAUUGCUUCAGAUGAAACAAUACAGCAGCUGUUUGUAGAAUGCACAUUAUACAAUUUCCUUUGCGAGGAGACCCCACUGUCACUUCCAAAGCCAACAAGUGGUCAGAGGAUUCACUAUAACUAUAGCAGUGUAAUACAUGUGGAUAAGGUGAAUAAUCUUGCCAGAAGAGAGUACCUCAAGUCUAUGCUUCUAAAGCCAGAUCUACAUACUGACAGUCUACGAUUUACAGUGGUCAGUGAUCCUCCAGAAGAUGAACAGGAUCUUGAAUGUGAAGAUAUUGGUUUCGCUUAUGUCAGUUUGAGAGAGAUAUUCCAGAAGCAAAGAGAUAUCCUUGAGCAAGAUAUUGAUGUUUUCGAUUCACAAGAUGAUAGUGCAGUAAUUGGAAAGCUCAAAGUAACAGUGGAAGCCCUCCAUACGCUGCGCUCAAUCUAUGAGGAAUGCAAAGAUGACUAGGAGGCAUGAAAGGGAAGUUUGCCUACAGAAGCUCCGUCUCCCAGUGUAAAUACAUGCUUGAUAGUGCUUCAAAGAUGAGAUCUUUGUAAUUCUUACAGUAUAUUUAAUGUAUAAUUUAUAUGGAAAGGAUGCUUGAUUUGUAGUUGUAAAGUUUUGUAUACUUUUCAGUCUGUUUGUUUUUAUAUUUCCCCCCUAAGGCUAAGAGUCUCUCCGAGUCUCUCCACAAUGGACAACGUCUUGUAAAUAAUUAAUACCUACAUGAUUGAAUGUUGUGCUUUAUUUGCAUUUUCAAGUUUUUUCCUACUUAAAACAGUAAUAAAAAUGCAAGUAAAAUUUUUAAUUUUUAAUAAAAAAACCAUAAGCCUUAGAAAACUGAUUAAAAAUACUUUUAUGUUAUCCCUAAUCACCCCACUAAAUGGAAUGCCUGUGAUUAGCCUCAUUAAGAAUUUUACACUGUGAAGAUUUUAUUAAAAGCAAUAUAUGAAAAUUA